AUGAAGUGUUCCGUCUGCUGUAAGUUUGCUCCUAACACCAAGUCUCCCUUUGGCGGUGCUGGAGUCAGUGCAAGGGAUUUUCAGAAGUCGGCGUGCCGCAACCAUGACCAGUCCAAGGUGCACCUCGCGGCCAUGGAAGCUGAACGACUCUCUGAAGGCGCGGAGAUACGCCUUCGGCAGUUCGUAGAGGCUAUGGCAGAGCAUCUGGUGGCCAAGCAGCUCGAGGACAUCAAAGAGUCGGCCUGGUACAGCCUCUCCUUCGAUGAAUCCACAGAUCGCGCGCGUGGAAAGCAUCUCAUCGUGUAUGUCACGUUUGAGAGAGGCGAGGCCGUGGUGUCCCAGUUUCUUGCUCUCCUGUCGCUCGAGCGUUGCGACGCCGCAGCACUGCACGACACGAUCGUGAAGUGUUUGUGGUCGAAGGACAUGUCGCUGGACAAGCUUCUCGGGGUGUCAACGGAUGGUGCAUCCGUGAUGACUGGCGCGAAGAACGGCGUUGUCGCCAUGCUUCGGAAACGUUGCCCGUGGCUGGUGGCGAUUCACUGCGUGGCGCAUCGCGAGGCAUUGGCUGCCAAGGAUGCCGCGAAGAGCUUCAAGGAGUUCAACGUCGUAGAUCAGAUGAUACGCCAGACUGCAGAGCGUCUCGGGCGUUCAUCGACCGAUCACAAGACCUACAUGCAUCUCCAGAACGUCAUUCUGCAGACGCACCUGGAGGUGCAAGGCUUCUGCACCGUCCGUUGGUUGUCUCGCGGGGAUGCUGUGAGUCGCUUCUGUGACGUGCUGCCGGUGCUGAUGUGGAUGUGGACGAAGGAGAAGGGCGAGACGGAGAAACUCGCUACCAGCUUCAAGUUCCACUACAUGCUGUAUCUCCUGGCUGACGUGCUGGCGCUGCUCAACGGACUCAAUCUGUCCUUCCAGAAGCAGACGGUCGACAUUACAGAGGUGUAG